ACAGAGAGAAACAGAGAGAUUGCUGCAAUUUUGCUUUAAUGGAGGCUCUCUCUGUUCCUCUCUACAUUAUAAUAUCUCUCUUUCUUUUAGCUUUCUUUUCCAUUUCAUUUCUAAAGAGAAAUGAACAGCCAAAAGCCCAAGAAGCUCUUAAGCUUCCUCCUGGUUCCAUGGGUCUGCCAUGGUUUGGAGAAACUCUGCAGCUUUAUUCUCAAGAUCCCAACAUAUUUUUCUCAGAAAAACAGAGGAGAUUUGGAGAGAUUUUUAAGACCAACAUUUUGGGAUGUCCUUGUGUGAUGUUGGCUAGCGCCGCCGCUGCCCGGUUUGUUUUCGUGACCAACGCCCAUUUAUUCCGGCCGACUUACCCUAAAAGCAAGGAGACUCUGAUCGGCCCGGCGGCGCUUUUCUUCCAUCAGGGUAACUACCAUUCUAACCUCAGGAAGCUUGUUCAAAAUUCUCUCUGUCUUGAACGCCUCAGAACUACUCUUGUUCCUCAUAUUGAAGCCGCCGCCAUUUCCGCCGCCGAUUCUUGGGCCGCCACCGGCCAUGUCGUCAAUACCUUCCUUCAAAUGAAAAAGUUCUCUUUCGAGGUAGCGAUUGUGGCGGUGUUUGGUAAGCUAGAAACUCAGUACAGCGAGAAGCUGAAAGAAAAUUACUGCAUAUUAGACAAAGGCUACAACUCUUUUCCGACCAGAUUACCAGGAACAGCAUAUUCAAAAGCAUUAUCAGCGAGGAAGAAGCUGAGAGAGAUUCUGAGAGAGAUAAUUGUGGAGCGGAGAGAAAAAGGGGCGGCGGAGAGAGAUUUUGUGGGUCAGCUUUUGAGCUACAGAGAUGAAAAUGGAGAGGGAUUGAGUGAGGAACAGAUCGCCGACAACGUCAUCGGAGUUCUGUUUGCGGCACAGGACACGACGGCGAGUGUUCUGACAUGGAUUCUGAAGUAUCUUCAUGACAGUUUGAAGCUGUUUGAGGCUGUCAGGGCAGAGCAGAUGGAAAUUUAUAGAAGAAAUGGAGAGGGGAAGAUGCCUCUGUCUUGGGCUCAGAUUAAGGACAUGCCCUUUACUCAUAGGGUUGUAUUAGAGAGCUUGAGGAUGGCUAGCAUCAUAUCCUUCACUUUUAGGGAGGCAGUGGUUGACGUGGAAUAUAAAGGGUAUCUUAUACCAAAGGGAUGGAAGGUCAUGCCCUUGUUUAGGAAUAUUCAUCACAACCACGACUACUUCAAUGAUCCUCACACGUUCGAUCCCUCUAGAUUUGAGGUAGCCCCACGACCCAAUACGUUCAUGCCAUUUGGUAAUGGAGUACAUUCUUGCCCGGGGAACGAACUUGCCAAGCUAGAGAUCCUCAUCUUACUUCAUCACCUCGUGACCAAAUUUAGGUGGGAAGUUGUGGGACCACAGAGCGGGGUUCAAUAUGGGCCAUUCCCAGUGCCUGUCCACGGGCUACCGGCCAGAUUUUUCAAACAAACAACAACCAACCAAUAGCCUUUCAUUUCAUGUUCAAAAAUAUAAAAAUA